AUGCAGAGAUUGCCUAUAGGAAGUGACACUGGGUACAAUAAUCUGUACUUGAAGUUAGUUAGAGCAUCUCACAGCGCUCCACGUCGAAAGGAGGGUUUUCUUAGAUAUAAUCCACCACCUGAGAAAUUGAUCCAUCCAUUUUACAGGGCCACACCAAUUGAACAAUUCAGGCUUUGUUAUAAACAAAGAAAUACUUCUAUAGCCAAUGGAAAACCGAUUUUCUCCUCAUUAAUAUUGCAUCCGAAAACUUUCAAGACCAUUUUGACUCCCAUAUCUCUCAAAUUCAAUUCAAAUAUUGGUCUUCAUAAAUGGGUAAAUGAUUACAAUCUGAACCUUAGUACGAGAAAAAUCCAGCUUUGCCAAUUAUCUAAUGAUACUAUUCCAAAAUUUCAUUUACAUGAUAUAAGUGAUGACCAACAAUUUAAAGAAAUAAUUCAGUUAAUGUCAAGAAGUAAGUGCGAAAUGGAAGCGAUCAAACCUUUGGCAUUGAAUUCCCUACUAGAUUAUUUCAUGCUAAAUUCAGAUAAGAGCAUUUUUCUGGAGGAUGCAUAUUUUUCAAUACUUCAAAAACACACUCAUUCUAUUGAAGGCUUAAAGUUAGUUCUGGGCUCUAUGUCCAUGCACAUAGAACUUUCGGUCAUAGACCAAUUUAGAACGGUGGAAAAAUUACUUUUCCAAGCGUUGAAUACGUUCAAUCAGUUGAAUACUGUAAAACCAAUACCAUUAAGUGAAUUAUUCUUUCUCAUAGACGAGAAAUUUCACUUGGAACACCAUUGCACGGAAUCCUUUAAACCCUAUAUUAUUGAAGAAUUAAUUCACUAUUAUACCAAAAUCAAAGACAUUACUACUGCUAAAAAUCUUUUGAACAAGUUAAUAUUUGUAAAUAACAUAAUACCUAGCAUUUCUACCAUAUCCUCAUAUCUGGACUUAGUCAGAGAAAAAUCCCAAGCAAAAAAUAAAAAAUACUGCAGACAAAAACAAAUAAUUUAUAUCAGUGAUCUAAUGCCAAUUCUUGAACAACCAUCUUCCACGCUUAGAAAAGCAAAACUACUAAUAUUAAAAUUUUUAACUCCCCUAUGUAUUCAUUACAAUGAAAUCCUGAGUCUAAUGAGAAUUCUGAAGGAAAAUAAUGACAUGAAAUUAUUCCUUUCUAUAAAAUCGCAUUUUAUAGAUGCUAUUGUAAAAAUGGAGACUAGAAGCAAUGGAGAAGAAUCAAGAAAUUUGGCUUCAUUUUAUAUGCUAGUAGAAGAUGACAUAUCCGACAAAGAUUGUACCACAUUCAUCCACUCAUUUGCGUCCACGGGAAAUUUCAGCAUGAUUUCACGUAUAAUUGAGAGUCAUGGCGUUGAAGUCGAUGAAAAAUUGGCCCGUAGAAUAGUAGAAAGGCUUCCGAAAGACAGUGAAUACAAAUCGCCCCUCUAUAACAGGCUGAAAAUACUAUUUUAUGGAAAGUACAUCACACAGUUCGACAUAGGGAAUGCCUAA